CAUAGCACUUAAAUUAUUAGCCUUUCGCAGUUUCUCUUCUACCGCCGAACGUCCUACACGAUGUCUCGUUUUCUGUAUGUUCUCAUCGUCGUCCUGACGACCCAGCAAGCGUCAGCAGAUUGUGUUGCAGGCACAACCGUUGGCCCGUGCUUGUGUAUGGAGGAUGCGAACGGCGGGCGCGCUCUGCAGUGCAGCGAUGUCGCGGACGGAGCUGAUAUCACCGCGGCACUCCAGGAGAUUAACGUGGCGACGGUGACCAGCCUUGACAUACGCAACAGCCCCAACCUCGUGUCAUUGCCCGACAACGCGUUUGGCACCACAGCUGUGCUGCACCUCAGGUUCUACAAUACCGGCCUGCAGAGCUUAUCAGCAUCUACUUUUGGAGAAGAAACAGGCGCAGCACUAAUUACCCUCUACAUUAAAUACUGUUCUUCCUUCACAGUUCUCGACUCAGCCAUGUUCGCUUCCCUGCCCUCACUAACGGAGCUGUACGUGUCAGCUACUGGAGUGUCAGCGCUCACAGAUCCUCUGCCUGCCACCACCCUGCAGUACAUCGAUUUCAACCGCAACUCCAUCACACAGAUCAGCGAUAAUUUCUUCGGGAGCGCGUCGUCGCUGACGGUCGUUCUGCUGGCGUUCAACGACCUCACGAGCGAUGCUUUGGCGAACACUACGCAGAGCUUCGCCGCUCCCGGACAGGACCUCUACCUCGACCUCGGCUAUAACACCAUCAGCAGCGGACUAAUGGGGCUUGCUUUCCCGGAUGCCGCCCCACGGGAGCUCAUCCUCAGCGGCAACGGUAUAACAAAACUCACGGAGGAGUCCUUCUCCAGUCUGGUGGACGCCAUGGCUGCUCAGUACCCCAGCACUGAGCCUUACAUUCUGCUCGACAACAACCCGCUGGAGUGUGGGUGUGAGGUAGCAUGGGUGACGACACACCCAAAUCGCGCUGUCAUCAAGAAUGCCAUGUGCGACAACGGCCAGUUGCUCGACAACCUCGGACCAGCCGACUUUGCCGAUUGCUAAAUUCCCCCGUUUUGUUGGUAAUUGUACCAACAUGUACGGAGAAAAGUCAUUGUAAAUGAUGCAA